CAGCAGCUGCGGCGGCGGCGGCGGCGGCGUCGCCAUCCGGAUCGGACGACCUCCUCCCGUCUCGCUCGAGCUCCCGUCGAUUCGGCGACACCAGUUGAUCUGCUGAGGAUGGCUGAAGUAUCCAAACCGGAAAUGAAGAAGGCUGUGUUCAAGAAGGUUUGCAAGCUCCGCCCACUCGAAACUGGGAUAAGUCUCACGGUGAAGGUUGUUAACACGAAGGUGGUCGCACCGAGGGGUCGACAGAUGCGAGCUGCUGAAACCUUGGUGGGCGAUGAUACGGCCAUGAUAGUUUUCGUCGCGAGAAAUGAACAAGUUGACUUGAUGGAAGAAGGCAGUACCUUAACCUUGCGAAAUGCAAAGAUCGAAAUGUACAAAGGGUCGAUGAGGCUUGCUGUAGACAGAUGGGGCCGAAUUGAAGUCGAUGAACCUGCCAGUUUUACCGUGAAGACCGACAACAAUAUGUCGCUGGUUGAAUUUGAAAUGGUGAAUGUUGUCGAAUAGGGAGUUUUUGUUUUUUAUGUUUCUGGAUAGCUCCUUCUCCCUUCAGCAUAUCCAAUACAUUCAGCACUGAUGGAACUUUCGUCCAAGUGGAUCCAGGGGCUAUUUGCAUCAGAAUAUGAUCUAAUGUGCCUGUUUUGGGCUGAGCUUUUGCCAACUUCUUAGUCUAGAUGUGAGGCUGUUUGAAUUAAUUAUACAAUAAUAUCUCAUGAAGUUACAAGUUCCUUGAGAA